CACCGUCGACAACAAAUGGCUGAGACAGUUCUCUUCAACGUUGCAGCGAGUGUCAUUACGAGUUCGGCCUCUCUUGCUAGCCAACAAAUUGGACUGCUUUGGGGUUACAAAGAUGAGCUUAAAAAGCUCGAGAACACGGUUUCCACCAUCCAAGCUGUGCUUUUGGAUGCGGAGGAGCGCGCGCAGCAGGACAAGAAUCAUGCGGUCAAAGAUUGGCUUGGGAAGCUCAAGGAUGCCAUGUACGAAGCCGACGAUUUGCUGGAUGAUUACUCCACCGAACUUCUACGCCGACAAGUGAUGACACGGGAUAAGAAGGCAAAACGGGUACGCAUCUUUUUUUCUGAAUCAAACCAGCUUAAAUAUGGCAUUAAAAUGGGUCAUCAGAUCAAGGCAGUUAGGGAGAGACUUGAUAACAUGGCAGCUGAUCAAAUCAAAUUUGGCUUCAUUGAGCGCCCUAUAGGGACACAAUUUGAGCAUAGGAAGAGAAAAGAUACACACUCUUUUGUACCUGAGGAAGAAGUCAUUGGAAGAGAGGAUGAAAGGAAGGCAAUUAAAGAGUUGUUAUUGGAUUCCGAUGUGAAAGAGAACGUUUCCAUCAUUCCCAUAGUUGGGAUUGGUGGACUAGGCAAGACCAUGCUUGCUCAAUAUGUGUACAACGAUGAGGAGGUCAAAAAACAUUUUAAGCUAAGAGUGUGGGUGUGCGUCUCUGAUCCUUUUGAUGUGAAAACUAUUGUUCAAAAGAUCGUAGAAUGUGUAAUUGGAAGGAGACCCAAAAGCCUUGAGAUGGAUUUCUUGCAAUGUCAGCUUCGAGCAAAAAUUGAUGGAAAGCGAUAUUUACUCGUUUUAGACGAUGUAUGGAAUGAGAAUCGUGGUACAUGGUUGGACUUGGAAAAAUUGUUAUCAGGUGGCCUUAAGGGAAGCAAAGUCUUGAUUACUACACGUAGCAAAAGAGUUGCAGAGAUUACAUGCACAUUGCCACCAUAUCUUUUGGGAGGUCUAUCCGAAAGCAAUUCUUGGAAUUUAUUUAAGAGAAUGGCAUUUAAAGACGGGGAAGAGCUAGAGAAUCCAAAGUUGGUAGAAAUUGGAAGGGAGAUCAUUAAAAAGUGUGCACAAGUUCCUCUUGCUAUAAGGAGCAUAGGGAGUCUACUAUACUUCAAAAACUCAGAAGCUGAUUGGCUGUACUUUAAAAACAAUGAACUUUACAAAUUAACUCAAGAUGACAAUAGUAUUUUCCCAAUACUUAAGUUGAGUUAUGAUCAACUCCCGUCACAAUUGAAGCAAUGUUUUACUUUUUGUUCGGUGUUUCCAAAAGAUUAUGAAAUUGAAGUGAAGUUGUUGAUUCAGCUAUGGACAGCUCAAGGCUUUAUUCAUUGGUCAGACAAAACCAAAUGUCUUGAAGAUGUUGGUCGUGAGUAUUUUACGGAUUUGCUUUGGAGGUCUUUUUUCCAAGAUAUACAAAGAGAUAAACAUGGUGAUAUAGAAGUAUGCAAAAUACAUGACCUUUUUCAUGAUCUUGCACAAUCAGUAGCGGGAGACGAGUGCAUAAUUUUAAAUCAAAAUGCAGAAAAAGUAGUUGAAAGAAAUAUCCAUGUGGCAUUUGAUUCCUUAUAUUCCUUAAGUGAUAUUCCAACUCCCUUGUUCAAGGCACAAAAAAUGCGAACGCUUUUACAGCUAGAUUCAUGGUCGCUUUGUCAUUUGUCAAGGGCAGUCUAUGAUACACUUAUUUCAAGUUUUAAAUGCUUGCGUGCCUUGAAUCUCAGUUACUUGAGAAUUCAAGAAGUGCCGGAUUCCAUUGGCAAGUUAAAGCACCUAAGAUUUCUUGAUCUUUCUUACAGUAAGCAUAUCAAACUACUCCCCGCUUCUAUAACUAAGUUGCAAAAUUUGCAAACAUUAAGACUUGACUAUUGUCAGAAGCUUAAAGAAUUGCCGGAAGACAUUGCAAACUUGAUCAACCUUAGGCAUCUUGCGAUUUAUGGGUGUCUCAGCUUGACUCAUAUGCCGCAUGGAUUGGGAAAUUUGAGCGCCCUCCAAACAUUGACGCAGUACACUUUGGGGAAGAAGGGAAGUUGUGUUGGAAAACGAAAGGGCGGGCUAGCCGAUCUGGAAAGUUUAGAUGAGUUAAGAGGAGAAUUACAUAUCAUUGGUUUAAAGCACUUAAGAUCUUCUCCAUUAGAAGCCAAGGCUGCAAACUUGGAGAGGAAGCAAUACUUUCGAAUGUUGACAUUACAGUGGGACCCAGAUUUUGAUGAUCAUGAUAGUGAUAAGGCAAUAGAAAAUGACGAACAGCUGUUGCAUAACCUUCAGCCACACUUAAAUUUGAAAAAAUUAAUUAUAAAUGGGUAUGCAGGUUUGAGGUUAUCGGGCUGGGUGUCGUCGCUCUUGAAUUUGGUUGAUAUUGAAAUAUACGAUUGUAAAUGGUGCCAACAUAUCCCUCCAUUGGACCGAUUACCUUCUCUCAAGAAUCUUAGUCUUCGAAACUUACGUGCGCUGGAGUACAUAAGCAAUGAUGGCAGUGACGUGUCCUCUUUAUCUCUUGAACGUCUCGUACUUGAUCGUUUGCCUAAGUUGAGGGGAUGGUGGAGGAUGAGGGAAGCAGCAACAACAGAGCAUGAGAGUCAUGAGACACAUCAUCGUCUUCCAUUAUAUCCAUCAUUUCCAUGCCUUUCUCAUUUAAUUAUUAGUAGGUGUCCUAUGUUGUCUCUAAUGCCAGUAGGGGCACAAGGGAGCGAAAAAGCACACUCCCCUUCCUCUCCCUUUUCGGAUCUCUCCAAAUUGAAGUUUCUUUCUCUUGAGGGAUUAGAGCAGCUUGAAUCUCUGCCAGAGGAGUGGCUGCAAAACCUCACUUCUCUUGAGAAACUAGAUAUUCGGAAGUGUUGUAAACUACGAAUAUUCAUGUCUCCACUCUUUCAACAUCUCUCCGCGCUUGAACAUCUAGUGAUUACUAACUGUAGGGAACUUAUCAGUAAUGAGGAUGAAGAGGGCACACACUGGCUUGGACCUACAACACUUCGUCAUCUAUCUAUACAAGUUCCAAACUUGGUGUCUCUCCCAAGGGAGCUUAGACAGGUUACCACUUUGGAAGAGCUUUACAUAAAGUACUGCCCCACACUCAACUCUUUACCGGAGUGGAUAGGCGACCUCACUUCACUCAAGGAGCUUCAGAUCUGGAAGUGUCCCAAUUUAAUAUCACUGCCUGAAGGUAUGCGCCGCCUCACCUCUUUACGUCGGUUGAUAAUUAGGGACUGUCCUCGCUUGAAGAAAAGAUGUGAACAAGGAACAGGGGAGGAUUGGCCAAAGAUUGCUCACGUCUCAAACUUUACGAGUUAUUAGUCCGUCUACUAAUCGUGGGUAGAGGAUCCGUUCCGUAGCCUAAUGCGCCAAUUAUUCUUCAGGACUUUGUACAUUAAACAUUUCAGCUUCUGAAAGUGUUAUGAGCAUAACAACAACUGACUCCUGGGCUUCCUUUGCACCAUAUUUUGCCAAUGCAGUAUGUUGUCCUCAAUUUGAUGCAACAGUAGUGAUUAUUAUUGGGCAGUCCACAAAGUACUCCAAGAGCCUUGCUUUGAACAAGACUCAUGCUAAGCACUUCCUCCGAGAUGUUGAGAAGAUCCUAGAAAGUCUAGGGGCAAAUGAGAAUCUACAAAAGAUCUGUUCAUUUCACACAGAGAACUUCACAGAAUUCUCUUGCCCUUCUACGGAUGUUAAUGAGUUUGACUGUUUGAGCACACUGCGUACUUUUCAAGACUUAUGGUUGCUUGUGGAAGGAUUGAUCCUGUCAAUGAGUGUUGUGACGAAGUUUGCCAAAAUGCUAUACAAGAUGCUGCUAGAAAAAUUGCCCUAAUGGGAUAUUCUAGUGGGAUCACGAGAGUCUGGCUACCUUUUACCAAGCUUGCCUUCAGAUGCAACAUAUGAUUGAUAGAACUUCAGGGGUCGGCUUCCUUUGCGAUCUUAGUGAUAACAUUGCAGCUCCUUGGUCCUGUAAAUCUUAUGUACCUGCUUCUACCUGGAAUAAAACUACCAAACUUCUCCAGCACUCCCCCCCAGCAACAUCUGCACGAAGUGGUCGAUACACCAACAACUUGAUGUUUCCCCUGCUUGUGACCUCAUUACUGCUUCCCAACAUGCUUCUUUGACAUUCGUAUUCACUGUUACUUGGUUCUUUUGGCCACAAACAGAAGCUGCUCUUUCUGCAAAACAGCUUCAUAAAUCUUGAUUGCUGGUAUAUAUAUGUAGCGUAAGUGACUUGAGUUUCUCAAGUCUUACCGUGAGGCCCAUACUCACUUCUUGUUGCUUGCUGUCCACACACGUGGAUGUCUCUCUUUUAGUUGAGUUGAAAAGCGUCCUUUGGAAGCUAAAAAAAGGCAUAAGCCUUUUGGUUGCUAAACCGAAAGACAUUCGGUCCUUCAGAGCAGUGUGCGAAAAAGAAAAGAAGAGGAGAAGAGAUCCAAGCAGCAGUGAUCGGCAGCACAUUUGGGAGAGAGAUAAGUCAUCUUUGUCUCACUUGUAUUUUUCUUGUGUGCCAAGAGAUAAGGGAACUAAGAGAGGUUUUCUCUUUCGGAUUUAGUCAUCCUUGUGAGCAGAUAAGGGAGUAUUGUGCGGUUGGGUUUGAAUGGUUUUCUUUGUACUGUACUAUGUACUUCACCUCUUUAUAGUGAAUUUCUUUUGGAUCGUCUCCGUUAGUAAACGUAGACUUGUUAAGUCGAACCACUUAAA